AUGGUUUCAGCACUUGCUCAAGUAAUCGGAAGUACCGAAAACAACCCACUAUCAAUUUAUCAAAACCCUUUAAUUAACACCUCUCACUCCAACGCCGGUCAACAAGAUCAUAAGCUAAACGUGCUUGUAAAAGGUAAUGUAAGGAGAAGACACUAUAGAGGAGUUCGUCAAAGACCGUGGGGUAAAUGGGCCGCCGAGAUUCGGGAUCCAAAGAAAGCGCUAGGGACUUUCGAUACGGCUGAAGCCUCUGCACUCGCGUACGAUGAAGCGGCACUCAGGUUCAAAGGAAGCAAAGCUAAGCUUAACUUCCCUGAAAGAGUUCAAGGCAGGUCAGAAUUAGGUUACCUCACCACUGCAUCAACCGCAUCGGCAUGCGCUCCUUCUCGUCCGCCUCUUCAUCCAACAAACAUACCCAAUCUUUUACAUUAUUCGCAAGCUCUUCCGGGAGGCGAUAGUGAAGUGAAUUAUGCUAUCCCACCUGGUUUCUAUGGACGAGAAAGCUCAUCAGUUUCUCCGUUUUUAGACGAGAACGAUGAU